AACCAAACCUCACUGGAUAAAAAAUGGCCUUUUAACACCUCAUAGAAAAAUAAUAAAAACCAGAAUAGACAUGCAUCCUUUGGCUUUUUCCUUCCUCCGCCAUCACCUCCUCUUCCUCCUCCUCCUCCUCCUCCAUUCCCUGAGCUGCUUCCCUGCUUCUGCAGACAGGAGAAUCGGUUGCCUGUUUGAGAACGAGCUGUGUUCACCAUAUGAGAUCUGCGUCAACGAUGGCAUGUUUGGGAGGUGUCACUCUGUUCCAGUGAAGGAGGUUUACACCUACGAUGUCUCGCCGUCUGUAGUGCAACGCUUCAGGACUCUGCUGGAGAAGCUGUCUAACAGAGGUUUGACCUGGGAAGAUGAUGCCACUCAGCAGGUUCUGUCCAAGGAGCUCUCCAAACUGAGGAGGGUUCCCUACAGGCCACAGCAGAAUGGAGCUGUGUACAACACCGACAGCAGGCCGGUAGCUGAGACGAUGGACCCAGUAGAUCAGAGGGUGAAGCCCGUGGAGGCGGAGCUCAGCAGGAAUCUGCAGACGUACCUCCAACGUCUCGGCCUCCUUCCCAAGACGUCGUCUGCCUCCAGUCUAAGCAGCCAGAGCAAGAGCGACCGUUUCCAGUCGGGCAUCCCUGCAGACUUCUAUCGCUCCAAGGCCCAGAUUUCCUCUCAGAAGUCGUCCCCCUCCGGCUUUUCCUCCCUUCCAUCUUUCUUACCUCUGCAGGAGCAGAGACCUCCAGAUGAGCAGCUCCUCGCCACGCAGGCCCAGGGUGACCUUCUUCUGGGCGCCCUGAGGCAAUAUCUCUCCGGGCAUCUGUCCCUGCACGGUGGAAGGGUAAGCCCCGAGGAGCAGGAGGCCCCCUCGACUCGCCUGAGGCCCUUCUACAGUGGAGCUGAAAAUCCCGGGCUCAAAAAGGACACUUCAAAAUCCAGGCUUCUGAAGUUGGGAAGAACUCAGGGGGCUUCAGUCAAGGACCCUCUGACAACUGUGGAUGAGAGGUUCAUCCAGAACGUUCUAAAGAGCGUUGGAAGGCACCACGUGGACGUGGACGGCCUGACGCCACAGGACUUGGGGCAACUGUCAAGCCUCAUUGCCGAUGCCCUGCAGGUGGUGGACCAGGACCAGGGACAAAACAGGGGCAUGGCCCGCGUCAGACCUGGACCAAGAGACCUGGGGGGUGAGCUCAGGGAGGGAGAAGAAGAGGAGGGGCCUGUUAGGGAUGAAGAAGAGGAGAAGUUGCUCCAGAAUGCUCCAACACUGAAACCACAGGAGAGCACUCCUAAAGCGCAGGCAGCACUUCAAGAGCGCCACACGGAUACAGAGGAGCGUAAUAUAAAGGACAAGCCUGAGAGUGGAAUGCUCUUCACCAAACUCCUCGCCUACCUGGACGAAUCCUCCUUCAACGCCGCUCCCUCACCCAGAGGCCAACAGGCGGGUCAGGAGAACGUCCAGAGUCGGACCAGCACGGCGGGGGUGAUGGUGCAGAAGAAGGACGCCACCCAGUCGGUGGAGGAGGUGUCGGAGGUGCAGGGCUGGAUCAAGGAGGUGGCGCCCCCUCCUGCUUCGCUCGUUUACGAGAAGCCGCACAAGAAGACGAUGCACGUCCCCGAACUUCAGCUGGACGUCAAAGCCGGCGGGAAGAAGGCAGACGAGGAUGUGUUCGGCUACGUCAUCACCGACACAGAUGGACUCCAGACAGACGAAGGCCUUCACCUGAUGGAGAUCCUGGCUCGUAGGGCUAAAAUCCAGAUGACCGACUUCGCUGAGCUCUCCGUGGUGGGCCCCGCUGUGACCUUCAAAGUGAGCCCGAACAUUCACAACGUCAGCACCGCAGAUGUGGCCAACGUGGCAGUUAAGCAGAAAGAAGAUCUGGAAAAGGAAGCAAAGGUCAUCAUUCUGGAGGCCGGGGUCACCGACGGAAGCCAGAUCAACCAGAUCCCCACCAAGUACAGCCAGGCGGAGUCCACCAAGUUCCUGGUCCUCACCGUGGUGUCCAUCCUGUGCAUCGUUGCCGUGCUGCUGGCCUCCACCGUGGUCUACUGCCUCCGCCACCGCUCACACCACAAGCUCAAAGAGAAGCUCACCAAUCUGGGGACAGAUACUGGCGGCGAUGCUACCACCACCUACCAGGAGCUCUGUCGGCAGCGCAUGGCGGUCAAACCUCCGUCCGAGCGCCCUGAGCCCAUGUCCUCCCGGAUCAACAGCGUCUCGUCUCAGUUCAGCGAUGGCGGUCAAGCCGUCAGCCCAUCGGCGCGGAGCAGCCUCUCCUCCUGGAGCGAAGAGCCCGCCCACUCCAACAUGGACAUCUCCACCGGUCACAUGAUCCUGUCCUACAUGGAGGAUCACAUGAAGAACAAGGACCGCCUGGAGAAGGAGUGGGAGGCGCUGUGUGCCUAUCAGGCAGAACCCAACGCCUGCACCGUCGGCCUGAAGGAUGGCAACGCCAAGAAGAACCGCUCCGCUGCUGUCGUUGCAUAUGAUCACUCCAGAAUCACCUUGAAGGUGGAGAACAGCCAAGGCAACUCUGAUUACAUCAAUGCCAGCCCGAUCAUGGAUCACGACCCCAGGAACCCGGCCUACAUCGCCACUCAAGGCCCUCUGCCCUCCACCGUGGCUGAUUUCUGGCAGAUGGUUUGGGAGAACGGCUGCGUGGUCAUCGUUAUGCUGACGCCUCUGGUCGAGAGCGGGGUGAAGCAGUGCUACCACUACUGGCCCGAUGAGGGAUCCAACCUCUAUCACAUCUACGAGGUGAACCUGGUGUCCGAACACAUCUGGUGCGACGACUUCCUGGUUCGUAGCUUCUACCUGAAGAACAUGCAGACCAACGAGACAAGAACCGUCACUCAGUUCCACUUCCUGACCUGGCUCAACCAGAACGUCCCGGAGACCAGCCGGACGCUCCUCGACUUCCGCAGAAAAGUUAACAAGUGCUACCGCGGACGCUCGUGUCCUAUCAUAGUCCACUGCAGUGACGGCGCUGGAAGAAGUGGCACAUACGUCCUGAUCGACAUGGUCCUCAACAAGAUGGCUAAAGGUGCCAAGGAGAUUGAUAUUGCAGCGACUCUGGAGCACCUGCGGGACCAGAGGCCAGGAAUGGUUCAGACCAAGGAUCAAUUUGAGUUUGCGUUGACGACCGUCGCCGAGGAGGUGAACGCCAUUCUGAAAGCUCUUCCGCAGUAGGAAGGAGCGCCUCCUUCUGACGGACCACCUUCCUCAUGAUUUUCCGUCUCCAAUCACCUCCAUUUGCUUCCUUGUUUCCUUCUCCUCUUUUCCUCCUCUUUGUCUUUUUUGUCUUGUCCUCUCUCGUUUCGUCUCCCUCUUUUCCCAUCCCAGAUGUUCCGGUCUCCUCUUCCUCCUUUCCUCUCCCUUCAUUCCCUUUUGUCUCCUCUCCUCCCUCAACUCCUUCAACUCCUUCCAUCUUAGUAAACAUUGUGCCAGAAAAACCGUUGAACCAAUCAUGUACAUAGAUAGACCUUCCUUCUAUUGUAACGACCCAUGCAGCCCAUUUUCCAAAGUGACAUUUAAAAAAACAAAAAAACACAUUUUCAUAGAUUGUUAAAAAUGAUUCUGUAGUAUCUUUAUCAUAGUUUCUGUUUGAUUGGUCUUUGUUUUGAGCGUGUGAUGGCGAACAUCCUGUCUGUAUCACUAUCUGUGUGUCUGAUUUUUAGAGCCAUGCUUUCUGAUAUGUUACUGUACGCUAGGUGCAACUAGUCUCCCGUUGAGGAUUUAUUUUUCUCAACAUUGAGUGAUGAAAAACUGCUAGUAGGGCGUCGUUUCCAAGAUUUGUUGCAACUCUAAUUUAACAUUUGCAAUUCUCCACUUAUUGUGAAAAAAACAAAGAUGCUAGUACUGGAUGUGAGUUGAGAUAACAUAGAUAUAUAAAUAUAUAUUUAUUUUUUUCAAUGUGCAUUCUCAUUAUGCCAGUAGAAGCAAAUAUUGUGUUUCUUCAGCCUGAUUCGUUAUCUCUCUCUCUCGUGGACGACCAAAACGUGCGGCUUGUCGGUGAAGUAACACUCAUGUCUGCCUUAAUGAAAAAACACAAAAAUAAAUUUAUGGACUCGUAAAUGUGUCCAGCCACGUGGAAACAAGUCUAGUGUGUAACACUUCAUUUAAAACAAAUGGCCUCAUUCCAGCGGAUUAACCUGUGGAUUAAAGGUCUGCUCUGCUGUUGAAGAAUGAAAAUCCCUCUGAUAAACAAUGCAGAGCUUCAAGAAUCUGCCGACAGGAAGUUACCUUCAGUCUAAAAGUUUGUGAUCGGCCUUGAAACAGUUCAACAAAAGACAUUAUUGAUCAAUCUGAACGCUGGAAUGAAGCCAUUAUAAAAUAAAGUGUUUUCCAUGUUAAAAGAGGAUAGUCUUGCUUCUGAAUAGCAGUUCUUCUAUGUAGCAUCAAUGGAUGAUUUGUACAUGUACAGUAGCUGAACCUGUAUUGCAUUUUAAAACUAGCUUGCGGUGACAUUCGUCUGCUGGUUUUCCCCAAAAGCAUCUUUGUUCUGUUGUAAAUAAAAAAAAGAGCAUUAUUAAAGGACCAUACCAGUGAUUGUUUUUACAUGU